AUGGAGCUAUCCGGUUACAUCGUGACGACCGAGCCGGUGAACGCCAGUAACGACAGUUUCAUCACAGCUUCCUCCGCCGCCGAGGAUGAGAGCGCGGAGAGUCUCGCCUUCCAGAUCAGCCUGGCGGUGCUGCUGUCCGUCAUCACACUGGCCACCACUUUAUCCAACGCGUUCGUCAUCGCCACGAUCUCGCAGUCGAAGAAGCUGCAAACUCCUGCCAACUUCCUCAUCGCGUCCCUGGCCCUCACCGACCUGCUCGUGUCCAUCCUGGUGAUGCCCAUCUGCGUCCUGUACACCGUCAUCCACACCUGGACGCUGGGGCAGGUCGUGUGCGACAUCUGGCUCUCCUCGGACAUAACGUGCUGCACCGCCUCCAUCCUCCACCUGUGCGUAAUCGCCCUGGAUAGGUACUGGGCCAUCACGGACGCGGUGGAGUACUGCAAAAAGCGCACGCCGGGACGCGCGGCCGGGAUGGUGGUCACGGCCUGGGUCAUCGCCAUCUCCAUCUCCCUGCCGCCGCUCUUCUGGAGGCAGGUGAAGGCGGAGGAGCUGACGAGCUGCGGCGUCAACACGGAUCAUAUUUUCUACACCAUCUACUCCACCUUCGGGGCUUUUUACAUCCCCACCUUGCUGCUCAUUGUCCUCUACGGGCGGAUUUACGUGGAGGCUCGGAAGCGCAUCCUCAAGCAGUCCCCCAAGAAGGUGGGGAAGAGACUGACCUCCGCGCACCUGGUCACCAACUCCCCCGGCUCCGUGACUUCCACGACCUCGCUGCAGUACGGGAGACACGACGGGCCCCCCCACGACAGCGGCUCCUCGGCCGGGGACAACCAGGUGAAGGUGACGGUGUCGGACGCGCUGCUGGAGAAGAAGCGGAUUUCCGCGGCCAGAGAGAGAAAAGCCACAAAAACUUUGGGGAUCAUCCUCGGCGCGUACAUCGUCUGCUGGCUGCCCUUCUUCAUCUACACGCUGGUGGUGGCCACAUGCGACACGUGUCUGAUCCCCGAGUUAUUCGACUUUUUCACCUGGCUGGGAUACCUGAACUCCCUCAUCAACCCCAUCAUAUACACCAUGUCCAACGAGGACUUCAAGAAAGCUUUCCAUAAACUUGUGCGCUUCAGGUGCUGCAGGUGGUGA